AGAAGGCGACGAGUGAAAUGCUUAUAGAGACGGAUUGGAGCUGUAACCUUUAUAUAUGUGAUCUUGUCAGAAGUUUGGAGCUUACACCAAAAGCAGCUAUGACUGUUCUUAGAAAACGUUUGUCUCACGAAAAUCAGAAUGUUGUUCUUCACUCUUUAAAGCUUCUCGAGACAAUGAUGAAAAACUGUGGCUCUCCUAUGCAUGAAGAAGUUGCCCAGCGUGAAAACAUACGUUCUUUGACUCAACUUACCAGUUCUACUCCUCCAGUUCGCCAUAAACUCCUGGAGCUCAUCCAGAAUUGGGCUUUUGUUUUUAAAGGACAAUCUGCUUAUCAAGAAAUACAAGAUUUGUAUGAUUCUCUUAAAAGCUUAGGAUUUACAUUUCCUCCAUUUUCUGAGAGCGAUGCAAUGUUUAGCACUGAAUGCGCUCCUAAUUGGAAAGAUGGUGAGACCUGCCACCGCUGUAAAGUUUCGUUUACUGCCUUCCGUAGAAAGCACCAUUGUCGAAACUGCGGAAACGUAUUUUGUGGUGAUUGUACCUCUAUGAAAGCAAUGAUACCACGAUUUGGGUUUGAAAACGAAGUCAGAGUAUGCGAUUCCUGCCAUGAGCAAAUUAAUCGAUUGCAAACUCAAGGAAAUAAGCCCACUUCUGAAACAAGUUCGAAUCAGGUAUGCUACUUUCGUGCAUUUUAUCUUGUGUAG